AUGUUAUCCAAUUUGAGAAAAGCCCGGCUGAAGGAUAAGGAGAUGCGAAUCCUGAUGCUAGGUCUGGACAAUGCCGGGAAGACCACCAUCGUUAAGCAGAUUAUGAACGAAGAUGUCACUACUGUCAGCCCGACAUUGGGUUUUAUCAUCAAGACAAUAGAUUUUCAAGGAUAUAGACUCAAUAUAUGGGACGUUGGAGGCCAAAAGACCCUCAGAUCUUAUUGGAAAAACUACUUUGAGAAGACUGAUACAUUGAUUUGGGUCGUCGAUGCGACCGAUCGUCUCAGAGUGGAUGAUUGUAGAGAUGAGCUCGCCGGUCUCCUUCUGGAAGAGCGUUUAAUGGGAGCAAGUCUUUUAAUUUUCUUGAAUAAGAGCGAAGUUGAGGGAUGUAUGAAUGAGAAUGAAGUUCGAGAACGGCUUGGCUUGGAUUCUAUCAAAACACAUAAAUGGACCAUAUUACCCUGCAGUGCGAUGACAGGAAAGAACCUGCAUGAAGGGCUAGAAUGGGUUGUACAAGACGCCAAAGAUAGGCUUUUCCUUUAUUGA